AUGCAGAGGCAAAGGGGGCGGAGUCGCCUGCGCGCCUUAGUUAGGUUUUUGCUGAUCUUAGGGUUCGUCGUAUGGAUCGUCCACAGUCUUCUGGUGCAGCAUUACAAGAAGCAGCGCGCGCUAGUGGACAGGCUCGUCGAUCGCGUCGAUAAUCGCGAUGCCGGGUUGAGGGGCGCUGCACCGAGGAGAAGUGCGCUGCCCGACGAUGAGGGCGGGUUCGAGGUCGAUUUCAGCGACAAUACACACGACGAUGACAACUACGGAAAUGAAGAAGAGCUAAAUUCUACGCUGCGCUCGCUCAAACCUCCCGAGCCUUCGUCCGUCGAGCUGCGCGAUGUGACGGUGCGGGAGGAGUUGCCUCGUGUCUCGCGACGGAACGAGGCGAGUCGAGGCGGUGUUUGGAUACCCCGGGACUGGGGCACACGCGAGCGGGGAAAGAAUGCGGAGAAGAACGGUGAGGCCGAUGCGGAGUGCUUCCCCGCAGAUCGCGAUGCCGACAGCGGAGACCGCGUCGUGAAUCCGAUCGAACCGCUCUACCGAAAGGCAGGCUCAGGAUGCAACAAGCGGGAGACGAUACCGGGCCUGUGCGACGUCCUCAAUGUCUUACUUCCUAGCGAUGGCAUCGAGCGUGCGGUGAUGCUGGUGUUUGGAGGCGAGAAGCAUCAGGAUACGAUCGCCCUGGCACUCGCCGCUGCUGAUAAGACCGGCGCCAGGGCUGUCCUCUUCGUUGCUAGUGACGACGAUGCGGCUGCCACAGCCGCAAAGGAAAAUGUUCCUUACAUCCAGCCGGAUUGCGACGGGCCGUGUGGACGCCCCGAAUAUGUCGCGGCGGCGGCUAUUCUCAGUAUCGGGUCUGAUGUCCUUCUCGUUGGCCGCGGCGUCGAGCUCCGCGGUCCAAACCCGCUGAUAAACAUCCCGGGGCUGCGCGGGGCUGACGUGGAGGGUGUGACAUACCGAGAGGGGAUGUUUGGUGACGUGGUGGGUAUGAGCGACCCCGCCAUGGGCUGGUCUGCGUACAGUCAAUCUAUGGCAGUGCCUAAUAUUCUCUCCUCGCUUGUGCUCUUACGUGCGACCGGAGAAUCGAUCAGGCUGGCGGUGUGGCUCGGAGAGCAUCGGGACGAUGUCGAUGCCGACGUUGCACUCACAGACGAACUGCUCAUGCCGGCGCACGACGCGAGGCAACGCUCAGGUGCCACGUUCAGGUUGCUACCACCAAAAUGUUUCAGGCAUCAUAAAAGUGGUGCAGCGGUUGUGGAAGCCGCGGAGGGGUUCCCGGUUAAAUCUUGGCACGGAGACGAGAAAAGCAUGUUCAGUUUUGGCACCAGAGCCGAGGACCCAAACAAAAUUUUGUCGUCGGAAACCUUUGACGCGGCGCGCUCGGUUGUGCUGCGUGACGGACCUAUCGGUGCGGAAGACGAUGACGGUAAUUGCGCUGCGGUUGACAUGCACGAUCGAGUGGGACCUGAUCCCCGCGCUUUACGCUACAUCGCCGCCCCUGAUGGUGACUUCCCGGUGAACUGCGAUGGUGACCUCUCACAGCUUUGCAAGAUAGUUGGUCGCGUGGCUGUCAAGCGUCAGGUGCUCGCAGCUGUGUCGAACUCGAAUAUCCUGUAUAUGCUUGGUUUGUUUUUGGAUGGGGUCGCUGCAGCCAACAUUACCAAUACAAUCGUGGUCGCUCUCGAUCAGAAAACAGCAGAUUGGUGCAAGGAACGCGGUGCGCCUUAUUAUCAUCGAGAGUUGAAGUCCUUGACCGGCGCAACCGACAACCAUGCAACUUCCGGACUCAAAUUCAGAGUUUUGCAUGAGUUUCUGAGCGUGGGUGUUUCGGUUUUACUCUCGGACGUUGACGUAGUGUGGAUGCGUAAUCCCUUUGGAGGAUCGCGGCUUGUAGUGCCCACGAUCGAGUCCGAUCCUGACAGGGUCCACGUGGAUGCGCCAGCCAUUUACGGCGACUCGGAUGUGGAAGGGAUGACGGAUGGUUGGGACGACGUGUCCGCUUACGGCUUUGCGUACGCAGGGGCUGGAGGGACUCCCAUGCGUCGCCUCGCAGCUCGUAACAGUGGGUUGUUCUACCUCGCCGCCACGAAAGAGUCCCUGCGAAUGGUAUCGCGGUUGGCAGAACGCAUGGCGACGGAGCGCAAUACGUGGGACCAGACGGCGUACAAUGAGGAGCAGGUGUGGAUGUGGACGUCGGAGGCGCCCAACGCGGGGAAUAGGAGAUCGGUACCGGCCGGUGUGUCCCAGCGCGUUAUGAACUACGCAUGUUUCCAGAACACCAAGUACCUGUUUCGAUACAUGAGGUACGAUCCUGAGCUGUACGACGGGGCAUCCGGUCGUUCCCUUCGACCCAUCAGCGUGCACGUGAAUUAUCACCCGGAGAAGCCGCAAAGGAUGGUCACCCUAAUCGAGCAGUAUCUGAAGGGAGAGCGCGACGCGAUAUCGAAGUGGAACUGGGGAGAGGGGAUGGCAUUCGCAAAACCUUGUCUCGCCCGACCAAAAAAUUCUAAAGAAGGGGACGCCUUGAUGGAGGAAUCUGAGCUGGCUCGACAGAUUCUCGAACGUAUGUCUGUCAGCGGUGAGCCUGGAACGUGGGCCGGUAUCAAAGGUUUCGCACCCGGGGAGAAAGGUGCGUUGGUGACGCCAUGGGGCGAUGGCAAAUGGGGUGUCAUUCCUCCAAAAGAAGUUGAUGGUGAUGAUCGAAUAUUUGUCGACUUCAGCGGCGCUAAACACAUGGUGCACAGCGACCAGGACAGAAACGGACGCUCCAAUGGGGAGCUCCAUCUAAUAUCCACGCGUUGUACCGAUGGAGAGAAGGUCGAUAUCGUCCUUUGA